AUGAGAUGCAAUCACUGGAUAAGGGCCCCUGGUGGCAGACAAAUUCAAGUACGAGUGACAGCAUUCAAAAAUGUACAGUGUGGUGUUGGAUGUAGAGUGAAUUCGAUUGAACUCAAAACUUUGCCGAACAAAAGGAUGACAAAUCCGAGGUAA